AUGACCACCCUGAAAGGCCCCGGACAAGCCCAGCAACACGACGGCAGCGAAUUACGCAUCGGCAUCGUCCACGCCCGCUGGAACACCACCAUAAUCGAGCCCCUUCUCGCCGGAACCAAGGCCAAGCUGCUGGCGUCCGGCGUCAAGGAGUCGAAUAUCGUCGUGCAAUCCGUGCCGGGCUCGUGGGAGCUGCCCAUUGCGUGUUCCAAACUCUUCUCGGCCUCCCAGAUCCAGAGUACCACCUCCUCUUCCCUCGGCGCCGGCGACCUCCUCGGCUCCAGCUCCACCGACCUGACCUCCCUCUCCCUCGACCCCAAAGGCCAAUCGACCGCCUCCUCGGGCCCUUUCGACGCCAUCAUCGCCAUCGGCGUCCUGAUCAAGGGCGAGACCAUGCAUUUCGAGUACAUCGCGGAUUCCGUCUCCCACGGCCUGAUGCGCGUCCAGCUCGACACGGGCGUCCCGUUGAUCUUUGGACUGUUGACCGUGCUAAACGAGGAGCAAGCGAAGGCGAGAGCGGGCGUGACCAGUGGCAGCCACAACCAUGGUGAGGAUUGGGGCUUGGCGGCUGUGGAGCUGGGGGUCAAGAGGAGGGAGUGGGCUGCUGGGAAGAUCAAUUGA